UGAGCGGUGGCUAAACGGAUUAGAUUUUAGAUUUCUGUGUUUAUCAUGCGCUAAUAGAAGAGUACAAGUGAAGAGCCGCGUUAGGAUCGAUUCAUGGCGAACCUCUAACCUACUUUUGUAGAAGCUACUCGUUAUUUCUCUAUGCGGAGGAGGCGUGGAUUUUCUUUAAAAACGUAUGUUUGUUGAAUGAAGGUUUCCUUGUUUACGUGUUUACGACAUGGAGCUUGAAAAAUCGGCGAAUAAUAAUUGCAAGAGUAAAAAGAAGGGUACAGGCACGGAGAGCUCGAAAGAGGAUGAUUGUGAUUCGGCGGAGAGUUCAAAAAUAGAUAGGAAAGUGCUCGAAGAUUCGGAAAAGAGCGAUAAAGAACAGGAAAUUACGAAGAAAAGUGCUAAGCGUAAAAAGAAGUCCAAGAAAGGUAAUAAAGGACAAGAGAGCGCGAAGAAAAGUGAUACCGAUGCAGAAAGUGCCCAAGCGAACUGUAGGCUGAAUAAAGUACCAGUGGAGCAGAAAGAAUGUGUUCGGGAUGAAGAGAAGGAGAAAAAUUUUCUAUUAAACUCAAGAAGCGAGGAUAAAGUGCCUGAAUCUUUGAUAAACAAUGUACUAAAGCACAGUGCCCCUCUUCCAUCGACAACACCUGUGGUAAAAGGUUAUGAAUUUAACGAUGGAAUCAACUAUUCAGCUCUUUUUAAAAGUUAUAAGUACUCGGGUUUUCAAGCUACGAAUUUUGGUUUAGCUGUUGAAGAAAUCCUUCGUAUGCUCGUAGCACGUCGAAUACCUCUCGAAGAAGAUCAAGAAGAUACUUUAGAAGAGGAUGAAUUUAUCAAACGCAGACAUAGUUGUACAAUAUUUCUUGGAUAUACUUCUAAUAUGGCAUCUUGCGGAGUUAGAGAAACAAUUCGAUUUUUAGCAGAGCACAGAAUGGUCGAUUGCAUUGUAACAACAGCCGGUGGUGUUGAAGAAGAUUUUAUAAAAUGUUUAGCUCCAACUUACGUUGGAGAUUUUCAUUUAGAUGGUAAAACAUUAAGGGAUAAGGGAAUAAAUCGAAUUGGAAAUUUAUUAGUACCAAAUGAUAAUUACUGCCGUUUUGAAGAUUGGGUUAUGCCAAUUUUAGAUAAAAUGUUAGAAGAGCAGAAAAAGGGAAUCCUGUGGACUCCAUCGAAGGUUAUUGCAAGGCUAGGUGAAGAAAUCAAUAAUCGUGAUUCUAUUUAUUAUUGGGCAGCUAAAAAUAAAAUUCCAGUAUUCAGUCCAGCAUUAACCGAUGGAAGCCUGGGCGACAUGAUGUACUUUCAUUCUUUUAAGAAUCCAGGCCUUGUCAUCGAUAUUCUUUCCGAUUUGAAACGAAUAAAUACAAUAGCAAUGAAAGCUAUAAGAAGUGGCGUAAUAAUUAUUGGGGGUGGAGUUGUUAAACAUCACAUUUGUAAUGCUAAUUUAAUGAGAAAUGGUGCAGAUUUUGGUGUAUUUUUAAAUACAGCAUCAGAAUAUGAUGGGAGUGACAGUGGCGCACAACCCGAUGAAGCUAUUUCCUGGGGAAAAAUAAAAAAAGAGUCCAAAGCUGUUAAGAUUUUUGCCGAAGCAUCUCUAGUCUUCCCUUUAUUAGUCGCUGAAACUUUUGUAGCUUGGAUGGUAGAUAAUAUGUCAGAAAGCACAAAUGUUUCAGAAGACGUUGAAAGCAUCGAAGCACAACAGCCAUUUUCUUGAUCAAACAUUACGACAAUUUAAUUUUGAACAAUUUAACUAUCAAUAAACAUUAGUUAUUAGUG